GCUUUUUCUUCAUCAAUCUCAGGUUCAGAUCCUCUUAUCCUUCUUCUUCCUCCCUUUUCUUCUGUCCCUUUCUCUUGUUCAACCGCCUCGAUAGACCUUCGUCCCCCUCCGCCAAUUCGCUUGGCCUUAUUGAUUCAUUCUUUUGCUCUAAACACCUUGCUAAGCAGAGCAAACAACCCUCUCCACUCUUCCCCUUCCUUGCUUUCCGAUCGUUGCAUUCCUUUAUCUCCUCCUUUUCAGUUCUUCCUUUUCGUUCUUUAAUCAUUGCACUGAGCCUUACCUCAAACCCGUGCGCUUCAGAUUGUUAAAAAAAUAUAAAAAAUAGAAAUGCCUGCUUUAGUGUGCCCUGAAGACUUGGUUAAGAAAGCCAACUGUCAUCCUGCAGUAACAACAGUAGAGAUCUCCAACCUUAAGAGGAAAAACCAUCUACAACAACAGCAGCAGGACCGCCAGCACUAUCACUAUCAGAGGUUCAGAAGCAUCUUUGACUUGCCAGAAGUAUGUGAUCUUAUUGCAGGUCAUCUGGACAAGAACACUCUUACGGUUGUUGUUAGGGUCUGUCGACUGUGGUAUGCGAAUUGGAUCAGGCAUCUUUGGAGAAGAAUCCGAGUGGAAGCAGGAACGCUCAAUGGCAUCGAGAUGGUAAAUGCUUUCCCAAGAUUGAGUUUGUACAUUCGGCAACUCGAAUGGAUUCAUUCAUCUGAUCCAACAUCAGCAAAAGCUCCCAUUGCUUCUGAAUUGCUGAUGUCCUCAACUGAUCUAUCAAAAUUGAAUCUACACAGCCUUCUACUCAACGGUGGAGCUGGUGAGCUCGAUGAAACUACACUCACCUACAUUAUACAAUCCUCUAUUGAAGGAUUGUCGGCAUUACAACUACACAAUAUCCGAGACGUCCGAGGCGAUCUAUUAAAAGCAGCUGGUGUUCUUGUUAAUCUGAGGCAUUUCAGUUUGGCUAUGGCUGACCAGGAUGAUGAUGUUCAUCCCCACCACCGUUGUCUUCAGCAAUACAGCGGUGUUUCAACUUCAACCUCUUCCUUAUCACCGCCAUCAUCAUCAUCAUCAUCAUCAGGAUCCAUUAUUUCUCCUUUAACCUCCGCAAUGCUAUUCCACGAGCUGUCGGAGUCAGAACUCGACUCGGCUUCGCCGUCGCAAAGCAGUCCCAAUGACUCUCGAAACAUUGAGGAAUAUACUACAGCAGAUGAACUGCCUACACUCAUGAAUGCAUGCCCCUAUCUAAGGACGAUUCAAACCAUCAACUUGUCUGUACCAUUGACGAGAGAAGCAGAUGCGACUCUAGACUCCGGAUAUACUUCAGAUGCAUCUGAGGAUGGCAGUAUAGAGACAGGAACAGAAACAGUUCCAGAAUUAGAAGCCAUUGUGGACGUAAAGAAGGCUACAGUAGACUACAUUCCACAACAAUGGACCAUAAUGCAACACCUGACGGAUAUCAAUCUUCAUGGUACUGCCGUCUCGGGAAAUACUCUUUCUGUUCUCUUUGCUCGAUCGCCUCAUCUUAUCAAGCUCAACCUUGGACAGACAGCAUCGCCUUUAUACCUCACCGGAUUCCAUCUAGAGCCCACUCUGAUUAUGACUGCCAUGUCAAGCCUCGUAUUAUCUAAAUGUCAUUUUUUGGAUGGUCAGGCUUUCAAGGAAAUCUUCAAAGCUUCGCCAAACCUCUUGACACUCGAUAUUUCUGAUACAAACAUAGACGAUGCAACUUUGGGCGCCUUGGGACAUCAGUGCUUCAAAUUAAUGGAGCUUGACAUGCAGGGAUGUCGGCAAAUUACCGAUCAGGGGGUCCGUGAUAUGUUAUCCUAUCCACCUUCCACAGAGAGCAAUGAGGUCCUUGCUCCUUAUCAAAAUUACAGCCUCUGCUCAUUGUCAAUUGUGAAUUGCACUGAAUUGACAGGUCAGGGCGUCCGCCAUGUCUUAAUGACCUGUGCUAGACUGAAGGAUCUAGAAGCCCAGCAACCAGAGCUCCUGCCAGAGAGUCUCUUUCCUCAUGGACUGGAGACAAAUGACGAAGAAGAACUACACAAUUCUUUGUCAGAGGUUGAUGCUGUGGAUGAUGUAUCAUCCUUGCCGUGGGCGUGCUACUCGACGCUUGAGACACUCCGAAUUAAGAGCCUCAACUUUCUCAACUUAAGACAAGCAAGAUUCCUGAACGCUCGUCUGAGCGAACUAAAGCAACUCAAGGUGCUUCAUAUUGGAGGCAGUCAAUUGGAAUUGUCUGUGCUGAGUGGGUUGGGUAAUCAGCUAGAAAGUCUUUUUGUAGAUGAACUUACAAGGGAAGUGAACUUGGAUGAUGUGCGAUGGCUUGUAGAUCAUACUCCUAAUCUAACACGUCUGUGGUGUCGCCAAUUGAUCCGACAUUCUGAGCCUUGGAAAUUACUGCGAGAAACAAGGAAGAACCUCAAACUGUGGUAAAAUGAAAAAAAAAAAAAAAAAAAAAA